AUGAAAAGUGACGCUUGGCUGAGUAAACCAUUCUUAACCUCCAUUUUCCUAGGAAUUGGAGGUUUCCUCUAUGGCUUUGAUUCGGGUAUCAUAACGCCCAGUUUGGCACUGGGGACUUUUGUCCGAUACUUCGGGAAUCCGCCUCCGCCUUUGAGAGGAGCGAUCGUAUCUAUGUACCAAGCAGGAGCAUGGCUUGGAAGUGCUUCGGUUGGCAUCACAAGUGACAGGCUUGGUCGUCGGAAGGCUAUUGCUUUUGGAUGUAUUUGGGGUGUCAUCGGUGGUGCUAUCAUGGCUGGAGCGGCACAUGUUGCUAUGCUUAUCAUCGGUCGCAUGUUGGUUGGUUUCGCGGUCGGUACAAUCACAGGCGUAUCCCCAGUCUUCGGGGCAGAAAUUGCGAAGACCCACGAACGUGCCAAAGUCACAGCCGUUAACCAAAUGAUGACCGCCUGGGGCUUCUUCGUAGCCCUCUGGAUCGGCGUCGCAGAAGGGAAAUGGGAGAACCCCAAUCAAUGGCGUCUCGGAUUCGCAAUCCAAAGUAUCCCCGCUCUCGUCCUUGGCGUCGGUGUUUUGUUCCUCAGCGAAUCGCCCAGAUGGCUAUGUCUGAAAGGCCGUCAUGAUGAAGCCGAGAAGGCCUUUCGAAACUAUCACUUUGACGGCACCAAUGAGGAAUGGUGUCGUACGGAGUUCACGGUUAUUCAAGUUAACAUUUCUGAAGAGCAGCAAGCCCAAGGUCGUCUUUCUUGGGGCGAUUUACUGAAGACACCUUCAUUCAGAAAGAGACUUUUUGUGGGUUCUUUUGUUUGGGCGGCGGCUAUGUUGUCCGGCAUAUCAUUCGUACAGUAUUAUCAGACCGCUAUCUACGCAACGCUGCAAUUCAACGAAGAUCGUCAGCUUCUUGUCAGUGGCCUCUACGGAUCUGUUGCGCCCGUCGCAUGCUUUAUCUCGCUGUUCUUCGUGGAUAAGAUUGGGCGAAAGAAGAUUCUGGUCAUCAGCUCUUCCCUUCUUUCGGUUUGUUACCUGAUCAUUACCAUCCUGGCAGCCAAGUUCCCGGCUAUUCCUGGUCAACCUACAAAUGCUGCGGCACAGAGGGGUUUGAUUGCGUGUAUUUUUGCUGUUUCGGCGAAUUACUCUGCUUUGCUGGGACCGAUGACUUGGAUCAUUCCUCCUGAGGUUUUCACGACUGAGCUUCGAGCCAAGGCGAAUGCUCUGGUGCAAGUUGUUCAUUACUCGAUUAGUUUGAUCAUCACACAAUGCUCGCCAAUUGCCCUGGCUGGGGUCGGCUGGAAAUAUUAUAUCCUCUUUAUCCUGACAAAUGCACUCUGUGCAAUUAUCUUUUUCUUCGUGUAUCCCGAAACCCGAGGCAAAUCUCUCGAGGAAAUUGAUGAGAUCUUUGGUGAUGUCAAGAUUGUACAUGAGGAAGAUGUAAGGUUUUCGGAGAAGGCUGGUGUUGAUGUUAUGGAAAGACGCGAUAGCCGCGUUUUUCAGCAGUAG